CAUAUUUACACGCGAAAUAAAUGAUAGUGAGACAGAAAAGCGAUCACAAAUAAAAAGCUUGCUAUUCUCUCGCAUUAAUCUGCCUCUGUUCUUGAAAUUUCUUGAUAAACGCCAUUGUUAAUCUUGAAAAUGGGUUUUUUGGGUCUGUGAUUUACUGCUAUAAUUACCAGUAAUAGGGUUUUGCAGCUUUUUUAAGAGCUAUAUUGCUAUAAAUAGCUCUUCACUCUACAGUUUUGAUUUUUUAUACGUUCAAAACCCCAUUUUCAGAUCAUCGUCUUCUUUCAAAACCGCUAAAAGGGUCACUUUUGUUUUUGCAUUUCCAUUGUUUAUUCAUCAUGGCUUGGGCGGAUUUGACAAACGACUCACAAUCAUCGUCAUCAACAGCACCUCGUCGACCGACUCGCCCGGCUCGGCAGUCUUACGUCCCUCCUCCAUUCAGACCCGCCGCAAAUGCUUCAUCACGUGGUGGUGGAGGUGGUCGUGGCGGGGGGCGUCGUGGUGGUGGUCGUGGUGGAGGCCGUACUCAAUUUGGGGCAGGUGCAGGGCUAGGGCCGUACAUGAACCCGUAUCAUCAAAAUCCAUAUCAUCAGUCUCCAGUUAAUGCCGUAACUGAAAAAUUUGACGACCUAGAAGUACUGUCUGACGGUGUUAAUGGCGACGUCGACGGUGACGGUAACGGUGCCAUAAACUUUGAUGCGUAUGAGGAUAUACCAGUGGAAGUGAGUGGUAGAGACGUACCGAAGGCAGUGAGUGCAUUCAGUGAAAUUGAUUUAGGGGUGGCUUUGAAUGAGAAUGUAACACAGAGGUGUAAGUAUGUGAAACCCACUCCUAUUCAAAAACAUGCUUUACCCAUUUCUCUCUCGGGUCGGGACUUGAUGGCUUGUGCCCAGACUGGCUCUGGUAAAACUGCUGCCUUUUGUUUUCCUAUUAUUGCUGGCAUUUUGAAAGGAGGCCCGUUUAAUUCUGUCGGGUCGGGCCGUGGCACCCGGGUUGCUUGUCCUUCUGCUCUUAUUCUUUCUCCUACCAGAGAGUUGUCUUGUCAGAUUCAUGAAGAGGCGCGGAAAUUUGCUUAUAAUACUGGAGUGAAAAUUGUAGUGGCUUAUGGAGGGGCACCCAUAGUCCAGCAGUUUCGCAAUUUGGAGAAGGGUGUUGAUAUCUUAGUUGCAACUCCUGGUCGCUUAGUUGAUAUGAUCGAGAGAGGAAAAGUAUCUCUUGGAAUUGUAAAGUACUUGGCCUUGGAUGAAGCUGAUCGAAUGCUGGAUAUGGGAUUUGAACCUCAGAUUAGGAAGAUUGUUCAGCAAAUGGACAUGCCUCCACCAGGUGAAAGGCAAACUAUGCUUUUCAGUGCUACCUUUCCACUUGAAAUACAGAAACUUGCAUCUGAUUUUCUUUCAGACUACAUUUUUCUUACUGUGGGAAGAGUUGGUUCAAGCACUGAUUUGAUUGCACAAAGGGUAGAACUUGUUCAAGAUAUGGACAAAAGAAGCCGUCUAAUGGCUCUUCUUCGAGAUCAAAAGGCAAUUGGUACCCAUGGCAGGCGUGCUUUAACACUAGUUUUUGUGGAGACAAAAAGAGGAGCAGAUGCCUUAGAGAACUGGUUGUCCAUGAAUGGUUUUCCAGCAAUUGCAAUACAUGGUGACAAAGUGCAAAUGGAGCGAGAACGAGCUUUAAAAUCAUUUAAAAGCGGAGCCAUAUCAAUUCUGGUGGCAACAGAUGUUGCAUCACGAGGGCUGGACAUUCCUCAUGUAUCCCAUGUCAUCAAUUUUGAUAUGCCUAAAGACGUAGAUGACUAUGUGCAUAGGAUAGGUCGAACAGGACGUGCUGGUAAGUCCGGAAUGGCAACUGCAUUCUUCAGUGACAAGAAUAUGUCACUUGCUAAGCCACUUGUUGAGCUAAUGAAGGAGGCAAAGCAGGAGGUUCCUUCUUGGCUCAUCCAAUAUGCUCAGAAUCCAUCUUACGGGACUGGUGGCAGUGGUGGUGGUCGUAACAAACGAUAUGGUGGAAGCAGAUUUGGUGGGUAUGACUACCGAAAUGAUGCUCAAUCUUAUGGUGGUAAUAAUUAUUACAACACAGGUGCUUAUGGGACCGGUGAUCCUGUUGCGGACUCUUAUGGUUCUGCUUCUGGUUCAUAUGGUGACACUUCGGGCAGUGCUAACUAUUAUGGUGUUCCAGCCAUGGAUGCUGGCUAUGCUUUUCCUUCUGGACCUUACAUUCCAUCCCAAGGAUACGAAGGUGUCGUUGCUAGUGGUUGGGAUUAGAGAGGAAUCGUCAUUGUUCUUUGGGUAGUAUAUAACAUAAGUAAUGGUAUUUAAAAGAAGCUGACUAACCAAAGCUUGAAUAUAGAGUUGAAAAUAUGCUUGUUAGGUGAUAAUAUAGUCAUUCCUUGGUGAUUUUUGAAACUCUACUUUUUGGAUGCCAUUGAGCAUUAUUUACACUUGAACGAUGACUCUUUGUAAUCACCUUUUUUUCUUUGUUAAUGGUACUCAGCUUCAGCUGCUUCAUUCUUA